AUGAAUCACACAUUAUUUUAGCUCCUUGUAUUCUUUUGCUGGAAGAUAUAGAAAAUUUAUGCCCAAAGUUAACAAUAAAUUCGCCUGCGCAUAUUACUCGAAUUAGUUCCCAACUGUUAAAACUUUUAGAUGAUGCACUCUGUGAGCCUACUUUAUUAAUAAUUGCAACAACAAAUAAUGUUAGCCUUUUACAUAUGGGGCUACGAAGAUCAGGUAGAUUGGAUGUUGAGAUACAUAUGAAACUUCCAAGUGAGAAUGAUCGAUUUAACAUUUUGGAGUAUUGGAUAAAACAUACAUUUGGCCAAGCAUUAAAUGGACCUGACAUUAUACAAAUCUCCAGAUCUAUAUCUCGUAUUACUCCAGGUUACACUGGUGCUGACAUAAAACUAGUAUGUCAAAAAGUUCAAAUAUACAUAAACAGACAAAAUGAGAUAAUAACCCAAAAUUUUGCCAACUUCAAAAAGAUUUUCACAUCAAUUAUACAUAAUACUUAUCCUAGUUCUCUGCAAAUAUAUUCAUCUGUUUUACGCCAAAAUGAAUUGAGUUUAAAAGACAUUGGUGGAUUAGAUGCCAUAAUAUCCUUGCUAUAUCGUGCAAUAGAAUGGCCUAUUAAAUACCCAGAAAUAUUCAAUCAAAUGGGCGUCGCACAACCAAAAGGAGUGCUUCUCUAUGGUCCCCCUGGAUGUGCAAAAACCACAUUGGCUUGUGCGAUUGCAAAGCAAAUUAAUUUCAGUUUUUUCUCAAUAUCUGCUGCUGAAUUGUAUUCUCCAUAUGUGGGGGUUGCUGAAGUCACUUUAACAUCACUUUUUCAACAAGCUCGACAAAAUGCUCCAAGCAUAAUUUUCAUAGAUGAAAUUGAUGCUAUUUUUGGUAAUCGUAGUUCAGAUAAUCAUAAUGAGGUUCAAAAUAGAUUGUUGUCAGGACUUUUGAUGGAGAUGGAUGGAAUUAGCAACAAAUUAGAUUCAAUGAUAGGUUGUGAAGUAGUGCAAAGUCCAGGUAUUUUCAUAAUUGCGGCUACUAAUAGGCCAGAAGCAUUAGAUUCAGCUCUGUUGAGGCCUGGUAGAUUUGAUCAAAUCCUAUAUGUUUCUCCGCCAGAUGAUAAAGCAAGGUUGGAAAUUUUGAAGAAAAUCACUCAGAAAAUUCCUUUACAUCCAAAUGUGGAUAUAAAUAAACUGGUUCUUAUGACAGCACAAUAUUCAGGAGCAGAUUUAGUUAAAUUGUGCAAAGAGGCUGUGCUGGAAGCCAUGACAACUGAAGGUCUCAAUAUUCAUGAAAUAAAAUCAGAUUUUUUUGAAAAGGCUCUUAAUAAAAAUAAACCUUCGUUGACAAAACAACAAUUAUCUUGGUACAAAAAAAACAGGGUCUAACAAUGUAUUACCUUUAAAUAUUUUUUACUGUUCAAAUUUAAACGAACGGUCAAAAAAUUGUACUAACAUAAAAAACAGCAAAUAAAAAUUAUUUAUCCAGACAUUUCAAGUCAUUUUUAACCAAAUGAGACCAACUUUGGUAAAAGUAUGUGUGUGCGUAUGUGAGCCGAUU